AGGGGAAAGCCGGGCCGAGAGCAGCCGCUGCGAGGGAGCCGCGGGCUGGGGUCGCCGGCAUGGCGCUGCUGCUGCGCUUGGUGCUCCUGUGCGGGGUGGCGGAUUUCACCCGAAGCUUGCGUAUCACUACUCCGGAGCAGAUGAUUGAAAAGGCGAAAGGAGAGACGGCCUAUUUGCCCUGCAAGUUCACCCUUGGUCAGGAGGACCAGGGUCCUCUGGACAUUGAGUGGCUGCUCUCGCCGGCUGAUAAUCAGAUUGUGGACCAAGUGAUUAUUCUAUAUUCUGGAGACAAGGUUUAUGAAGACUACUAUAAAGAUCUGAAAGGACGAGUACACUUUACAAGCAAUGAUCUCAAAUCUGGCGAUGCAUCAAUAAAUGUCACAAAUCUACAGUUGUCAGAUAUCGGCACUUACCAGUGCAAAGUGAAAAAAGCCCCUGGUGUUGGCAAUAAGAAGUUUCAGCUCACAGUUCUUGUGAAGCCUUCCGGGACGAGAUGUUCCAUCGAUGGAUCAGAAGAAAUCGGAAACGACUUUAAACUGAAGUGUGAGCCAAAAGAAGGUUCACUUCCAUUGCGAUAUGAAUGGCAAAAGUUGUCGAAUUCACAGAAACUGCCCACCUCGUGGUUAGCAGAUAUGAAUUCACCGGUUAUCUCUGUCAAGAAUGCCACCACCGAAUACUCUGGGGUGUACAGUUGCACGGUCAAGAACAGAGUGGGUACCGAUCAGUGCAUGCUCCGCCUGGAUGUGGUUCCUCCUUCAAACAAAGCUGGGACAAUUGCAGGAGCUGUUAUAGGAAUUUUGCUUGCGCUUGUGCUCAUUAGUAUAGUCAUCUUCUGCUGUCGUAAGAAGCGCCGAGAAGAAAAAUACGAAAAGGAAGUUCAUCAUGAUAUCAGGGAAGACGUCCCGCCGCCCAAGAGCCGCACGUCCACAGCCCGCAGCUACAUUGGCAGCAACCACUCCUCCCUGGGCUCCAUGUCCCCGUCGAACAUGGAAGGCUACUCCAAGACGCAGUACAACCAGGUGCCCAGCGAGGACUUGGACCGCGCGGCGCAGAGCCCGACGCUGCCCCCCGCCAAGUUCAAGUACCCUUUCAAGACUGAUGGCAUUACCGUGGUAUAAGUAUGAAGGACUGCUGAAGAAUCUCAAGUACUGUACAAGUUGGCUUCAUUUGAGACCUCUAUUUAAUUUACUGGGGAAAAAGCACAAGGCAAAAAGAUUACAGAGUUGCUAUAAGAAGAACAUGCCUGCCUUCUGCAAUGGCAUUAGGCAUUAAAGCCAGAUGCCGUAUCAAAAUUAGCACAGGCUAAAUUCUUGUUUAGAAAAAUUCUAGCGUGAUACUGAUGGGAAAAGAUAAUUGUAUUUUUAUUUUAAAUUAGUUAUUACUAACACACUUUAUUUUUAUAUGUGUAUUUUGAUACCACUGCCUUUGGGGAGGGUAUGAUUAAGAAGGUUAAUUUUUAAAAUAAAAACAAAUUCUUACGUUUUUUUCUUU